AUGUUAUCGAAUCCCCUGCGUUUCUCGUCUCGUCUCCUUUCUCAGUUCAAAGUAUCUCAGGGUCUAUGUUCUGUUCCGGCACCGGUCGUAUACGAAGAUUCCGACGAUCUCCUCUUCGGCAGGAGUAGCAGUGGCUUCAGUGUUUUUGACCUCCUCGAGAGCAAUGAUAUUCCCGCCGUUAGACGUCUCUACAACACGCUGUUGAAGGAAUGCGCCGUCUCCAAGCGACUCGCUCAGGGGAAGAUCAUUCACGGCCAUGUUACCAAGUCUCUGUUUUGCUCCGGCCUUGUUACGAACAACACGCUCCUCAACAUGUAUGCCAAAUGCGGAAGCUUGGAAGAGGCUCGCAAGGUGUUCGACCAAAUGCCUCAAAGAGACUUUGUCACUUGGACCACUUUGAUUUCUGGUUACUCACAGCAUCACCGACCCCGUGAUGCUCUGCUGCUGUUUAAUCAGAUGCUGAGUGACGGAUUCAGUCCCAAUGAGUUCACUUUAUCUAGCGUGGUGAAAGCUGCUGCAGCUGAGCCUGGAGGCUGUUGUGGUCACCAACUUCACGGCUUCUCUCUCAAGUCCGGAUUCGAUUUGAAUGUUCACGUUGGUAGCUCUCUGCUUGACCUUUACACACGUUAUGGUCUUAUGGACGAUGCACAGUUGGUCUUUGAUGCGCUUGAGAGCAGGAACGAUGUUUCUUGGAAUGCACUGAUCGCUGGACACGCUAGGAGAAGUGGUACAGAGAAGGCUCUUGAGCUUUUUCAGCUGAUGCUUAGAGAAGGUUUCAGACCUUCCCAUUUCUCGUACUCUAGCAUCUUUGGCGCUUGUUCGAGCACAGGGUUCUUGGAGCAAGGGAAAUGGGUUCACGCGUAUAUGAUCAAAUCCGGUGAAAAGCUUGUGGCUUUCGCAGGGAACACUCUUAUUGACAUGUAUGCAAAAUCAGGAAGCAUCCAUGACGCGAGGAAGAUAUUCGAUAGGUUGGCUAAAAGGGAUGUGGUGUCUUGGAACUCUCUGCUCACUGCUCUUGCUCAACAUGGACUUGGCAAAGAAGCAUUGUACUUGUUUGAAGAAAUGAGAAAGGCCGAGAUUGCUCCCAAUGAAAUCUCGUUUCUCUCUGUGCUUACUGCUUGUAGCCAUUCUGGUUUGCUAGAUGAAGGGUGGCAUUACUUUGAAUUGAUGAAGAAAGAUGGGAUAGUACCUAAGGCUUGGCACUAUGUCACCAUUGUAGAUCUUCUUGGGCGGGCGGGUGAUUUUGAGAGGGGAAUGAGGUUUAUCAGAGAGAUGCCAAUAGAGCCCACUGCAGCUAUAUGGAAAGCUUUGCUUAAUGCUUGUAGAAUGCAUAAGGAUAUGGAAUUGGGAGCUUAUGCAGCAGAACGAGUAUUUGAACUUGACCCUGAUGACCCUGGCCCUCAUGUGAUACUGUAUAACAUCUAUGCAUCUGGUGGGAGAUGGAACGAGGCUGCAAGAGUGAGAAAGAAGAUGAAGGAAAGUGGAGUGAAGAAGGAACCUGCUUGCAGUUGGGUAGAGAUUGAGAAUGCUAUCCACAUGUUUGUGGCGAAUGAUGAAUGUCAUCCUCAGAGGGAGGAGAUUGGUCGCAAGUGGGAAGAGAUUUAUGCAAAGAUCAAGGAGUUGGGAUAUGUGCCAGAUACGAGCCAUGUAGUAGUCCAUGUGGAUCAACAGGAGAGGGAAGUGAAUUUGCAAUAUCAUAGCGAGAAAAUUGCCUUGGCGUUUGCACUUCUCAACACACCUCCUGGAUCAACCAUACACAUAAAGAAGAACAUCCGUGUCUGUGGAGAUUGUCAUUCAGCGAUCAAGUUGGCUUCAAAGGUGGUUCAGAGGGAAAUCAUUGUGAGAGACACAAAUCGGUUCCACCAUUUUAGGGAUGGUAGUUGCUCUUGCAAUGAUUAUUGGUGA